GAUGUUUUCUGAAAGAAACAAGUUCCAAUGAAAAUGUAUUCCAGCAAUAACGAGAUUUUUCCAUCUUCGUUUGCCGGACAUAAUAGUCCCAGAUAUAAUCUUCAAUUUGUUGAAGGCGGUCACUAUAUGGUAGAAGAAGUAGAAGUAGAUGUUGCGUGUAUUUUUUUUAUGGAAACCCGAGUCGUUUUUUAGAACACCAAUGUUGACAAACUAAAACGACUGGUUUUCUGCGCAUUUACAUCCGUUGGCUCUUUUUGUGUUAGAAUAAACCAGUUUUAUCGUAUCAAGACAGAACUUCAACAAGACAGAAUGGCAGACAUAAAAGCAUUGGAACACCCAACUUUGAAAGUUCCUUAUGAAAUAUUGAAUAAGAAGUUUCGUUCAGCACAGAAGACAAUUGACAGAGAAAUCUCACAUGUACAUACAGCUAGCAGUGACAUUGAGGCCUGUCUAGAGGACAAAAAGAAAAUAAAGGAUGUGUCCAAAGUAAUAGAUAAUAUGGUAGAAAAACUUUGUCUUUUGAAAAGAAAGGCUGACGAGAGUAUAAAUGAAGAGCUUGAAGCAGCCAGAGUAAUAAAGAGACGAGUAGAUCACCUUAAAGAAGCUGAAUUACUUCAUCCUCAUACUAAACCUUUAUGGCACAAAAAGAGAUUAGACAGAAUGCUGGUGGAAUACUUUCUUAGAGCUGGGUUUUACAACACAGCCAUCAAACUGGCUCAGCAAUCUGAAAUAGAGGAUUUGACAAAUAUUGAGCUUUUCCUGACUUCAAAAAAGAUAGAAGAAUCUUUACAGAGGAAAGAAGUGGUAUCAUGUCUUACAUGGUGUUAUGAAAAUAAAAACAAAUUGAGGAAAAUGAAAAGUACCUUAGAAUUUAAACUAAGAAAACAAGAGUUUAUAGAACACAUAAGAAACAGCAGAUGUUUAGAAGCAGUAAAACAUGCAAGAAAACAUUUUUCUGUACUAGAAGAUGACCAAAAACUAGUGGAGGUUCAGAGAGUAAUGGGUUUAUUAGCAUUUCCGGGAUGUUCUUCCAAAUCCCCUUACAAGGACUUAUUGGAUGAGAAUUCCUGGGCUGACCUUGUUAAACAAUUUAGAUACGAAAAUUUCAAACUCCAUCAACUUAAUACAGAUUCUGUGUUCACCAUUACCUUACAAGCAGGUCUUUCAGCAUUAAAAACACCUAUGUGUUACAAGCAACAUGCAAUGAGAAAAAGCUCUGACUGUCCAGUCUGUAACUGUCAGCUGAAUGAACUAGGGAAAGGCUUACCCUACUCACACUGUGCUAAUUCUAAGUUGAUAUGUGCUAUCUCUGGUCAAGCUCUCAAUGAACACAACCCACCAAUGGCAUUACCCAAUGGUCAUGUUUAUGGUUAUAAUUCACUAAAUGAGAUGGCCGAUGGUAAUGAUGGCACAAUUGUAUGUCCACGAACAAAGGAGAUAUUCCAUAUAGAUGAAACAGAGAAAGUAUUUGUCAUGUGAUUGUUUACUCAUGAACUAGACAGAUAUUCCAGGAUAAAUGAAACAGGAAAAUAUAUUUCUUAUGUGAUGUGUUGAACAUGUGACACAGAUUCAAUCAUUUACAUGUAAACAUUUUUUUGUCUUGCGAUGUCUGAUAUGCAUGAAAUGUAAAUGUAAUCUAAUAUGUAUUGCAUUGUAAUCAUUAUAUUCUUCAUUUGUUAGUCAUGUGAAACUGAUUCAUUUCAGACAUUUAACAUUUAUUUGUCUUGAGAUGUCUUGUAUAAAAGGAUGUAAUCUGAUAUGUAUUGCAUUGUAAUCAAUUUUUUCUUCAUUUAACUACCUUUUUCAUUCAAUAUGUUAUAGUGUUUUGCUUUUAAAGCAUUAAUUUUUCUUCAUUUUGAGUAAUAGAUUACAUGAAUAAGCAUGUAGAAUUUUUUUUUAUUUGUAAGAAUAUUUGCAUGAUUUAUAACCAUCAAUAUUUAUCAUCCAGUGAGAUAGGGAAGUAGACUCAAAAUGUUCACUCUAGGUAAAACUAUAGGUUAGCUUGCUGUGAACUGGCAACAGCCAUAUCACUGAACAUUUGUGAGUGAACAAACAGACAGUGUUAAGUAUUCAAGAACCUGUUUUAAGACAGGACCCCAUAGAAAACUUCAAACAUAACUGUUUCAUACUUGCUUGUGAGAACUUUGUAACAAGGUACAAGCAUGAGUCUUUAUCCUUUAUUAAAAGUCAGUGUUUUCUUUAUAAUUUUGAAGGAUGAUGUUUGAAAGAAUGGUGGUCAUGAGUAUUGAAGGAAGAGGACUUAUAAAGAGUAAUAGGGAGUUUUAAACUACCGGUAAAAAGGAUUUGUACUUAAAUUAAUGGCUGGGGCACCACCAAUAUGACCAAGCAUGUGACCUUUUGGGUAAACACAGUAUGAGGUGUAAAAGUACAGUUCUUGUAAAUUUUAGUGAAAUACUGUUUACACAGAUCAAAUAUUUUUUGUACAACAAUUUUUUAUUGUUUUGGUGUCUGUAAUGUCUUAAAACUAUAAUUUUAGGAAACAUGAUAAGUUUUAUAACAAUGAAUAAAUGUGCAGUGAUUAACAUCAGUAAAGUUUGACUCACUGUUGAUUUACAUUUGAACAAUUUGGUAAAAUGUUUGGUACCAACAGCCUGAUUACUUGUUUAAGUCUAAGUUUUCCUAAUUGUUUAUGUUUGUGUAUAGAUUGGUUGCAUGUUUGUGUAUUGCUCAUAUUUCUUUUUGUAUUACAGUAUAUAUGAACAAAGUAUCAGUGUAACAUGUGUAAUCACUGCAUACAUGUCCAUAUCCAACUCACAAGAGACACAGCCAUUUUGUUUGUGUGCAGGUGGAUAUUUUAACUUUGUGCAGUAAGAUCAAGGUGACAGGACCCAUUAUUUAUGCAUCAGUCUAGUGGCUUUAAUUAAUUUGAUGUCUGAUGUAAAAAUCUGUGUUCAACAACUAAUUUCAGUUAUCAGAUAUUAAAUCAGUAGCAGUCUUUGAUUUAUCAACAAAAAAAAUCAGUUCUUCAAUAUAAUAUAACAACUCUGAUUUAAGCCUAGGUAAAAUCAGAGGUAAAGUAAUGUUAUAUUAUUUCAAUACAAAAUAAGAUAUGAAACAAGUAAAUUUGGUAUACAUAUACCAUGUAUACAUAUAUAUUUAUACAAUGGAAUCAUUUUGACAUAAUCAUAAUAUUUAUUUAUCAACACCACUGAAUGUAAAUCAAACUACAAUCAACCUUUUAUCACACAAUAAAAUUUGUUACAUGAGAUGUUUUCAUUUUCAAGACUUGAUGUUAUAUUUCAAGUUCAGUGUUGGAUAACAUAUGUUUAUGUGAAUCUAGUCAUUAAAUUCUGCCAUCAGAUCAAAUCAUUUGUAUAUCAUUAUGAGAAGGUCUGGAUUAUAACAUCUGACUGGAAUGAAUGAUUUUUAAAAAGGCCAUCUUUUACUUUAAGAGUCCCUGUAAUUAAAGAUUAGAGUUUACCUUAGGUUAUGAUAAGGUAAACACUUGUUCUACUUUAGGGUAAGUUUUGGUUAAAGCGUAGGUAAGGGGAAGGGUUAUUUUAGUAUUGCUCUAUUGGGUUGGGAUCUGAAAAAUAAAAAGAAUCUGGAAUUGGUAUGGUUAUGCUUCAAUCCUGUAUGUGUUGUUCCUGAAUAAAUAUUAUAAAUGCUUCAGGGAAAAAAAUUAUCAGAAAAUGACAUAUAUUGUAGACAUUUUUAAAAACAGUACAUAACCAUAACAAAAUAAAAGUUUUUUACCUAAUAUGUUGGUGCAUUAAAUAUAUAUGUUGGUGCAUUGCUUAUAUCACAAUAUCAGAAUAUGUUACAGUCAAAUGAAGAUUUUACCUAUUUGCUGAUUGAAUCAAUCAAAUUUUAUUUGAGUGAGGAAAUAUUUCCUCUUCAAAAAUUUCAAUUAUUAACCCUCCCCACAAAAUUUCCCGCUUAGCAGUAGCAUAGAUGUUUCUAACUGUAAUUUGGUAAAUUUUUUAUCAGACUGCAAAGGCAGAAUGGCAUCACAUCCUGUCUAGUCAAUGUCAUGUUUUUGUACAAAAACAGAAUAGUAGACAAUUAACUUUGACAAACUGGGUAAAACAUUUCCAAACUGAUAAAGCAUGUAAUGUUUUGUUAAUAUUAAAUCUUCAUGAAUUGA